CACAAAAAGCAACCAGAAAAAAAAUAAAAACAAACAAAACAAAAACCUUCAAUAAAACGACGAGUCGACGGCUCGCUCCGCCUCCAUCGAGUCACCACCACCCACUAACUCGCUCCGCCCUUUCCUUUUUAAAGACUUAUAUCCAUCUUCACCCAAUUCGGAUUUCUGAUCACCCUCGAUCCGAUCCGAAUGUACGAUUCCAAAUCUUCCCUUCUAAUCCUACUCUUCCUAAUCAAUUGCCUCUUCUUUUCCGAUGCCGAUUCGGGUCGGAAGUGCUCCAACACGAGCUCCCUAAACGGGUUCGAAUCGAACUUCACGAUGGUCCAACACCAACUCCGAGGCCAUCUCAAAAUCCUCGACGACUGCUCUUUUGAAGUCACCCGAUUCGACAUGUUAUCUGGGUCAUCCGACGUCAUUUUCUGGGGCGCUGAUUCCCUCGACUUCUCUAACUUCACCCGUGGGUUCCCCAUCUCCGAUCAUCGACUCAAUCAAACAACUUAUAAAAAGGCAUCAUUUUCCGUCCAAUUAUUUCCCAACCUUACCUGGGAUCAGAUCAACGUUCUCUCCAUCUGGGACAUCACCACCACCUCAGACUUCGGCCACGUUACCCUCCCUUUAAACGGGUCGGACCAGGACUCGGACCUGGUACAUACAAUGUUCGAUAACUGCAAGAACUUGUCGGAUAAUUAUAGAGUUCGUUGGAGUUUGAAUGUGGAGGAAAAUUGGAUCGAGAUCGGGUUAGAAGCAGCGACACGGACGAUGAAUUACAUGGCGUUUGGGUGGGCGAAUCCGAAUAGGACGAAGGAGCUGAUGUCCGGAGCUGACGUGGCGGUGGCCGCUUUUACAGAGGAAGGUAGGCCGUUUGUUGAUGAUUUUUACAUUACAAGGUAUAGUGAAUGUAUGUUGGAUACUAAAGAUGGUUCAGCAAUAGGUGUUUGUCCUGAUGUAGUUUAUGAGAACUCAAAAAAUAACAUGAUGGUAAAUAAUACUAGGUUGGUUUAUGGACAUAGGAGAGAUGGAGUUUCCUUUGUUAGGUAUAGGAGACCGUUGAAAUCGACUGAUGAGAAAUAUGAUUUGCCCGUGAAUCCUACAGAGGAAAUGACAGUUAUUUGGGCAUUAGGGAUGAUGAAACCGCCGGAUACUAUUCGCCCGUAUUAUUUGCCCCAAAAUCAUGGGGGUCCGAAGAAGGUUAUGUAUGGACAUUUGGUGAUUAAUGUUUCAGAAAGUGUGGAUGAUUGUUUUGGGCCAUUGGAUGCCAAGGAUAAGGAGGAUCAAGAUUUGAUUAUUGCUGAUGCAAAUGUUCCACUUGUUGUUACAACAGGGGAGGCGUGGCAUUAUCCAAAUCCGCCAAAUCCGUCUAAGGUUUUGUAUAUUAACAAGAAGGAAGCUCCGGUGUUGAGAGUGGAAAGAGGGGUGCCGGUGAAGUUUUCGGUGCAGGCAGGGCAUGAUGUUGCAUUGUAUGUUACUUCAGAUUGUCUAGGUGGGAAUGCAACAUCGAGGAAUGCAACUGAGACUAUUUAUUCUGGAGGGCCGGCAGCGGAAGGAGUUGUAGCAAGCCCUUACGAAUUGGUUUGGGCCCCCGAUAGGAAUACCCCUGAUCAAGUGUAUUAUCAGUCAUUGUACCAGCAGAAGAUGGGAUGGAGAGUUCAAGUUGUUGAUGGUGGUCUAUCUGAUAUGUAUAACAGUAGUGUGUUUUUAGAUGAUCAACAAGUUACUUUCUUUUGGACAUUGUUAGAGGAUUCAAUAUCUUUUGCUGCCCGUGGUGUAAAGAAGAGUGGCUAUCUUGCAAUAGGUUUUGGUAGUGGAAUGGUGAAUAGCUAUGCUUAUGUGGGCUGGAUUGACAAUACUGGAAAAGGGCGUGUAAAUACAUAUUGGAUUGACGGAAAGGAUGCCUCUAAUGUGCAUCCAACGAAUGAGAACCUGACCCAUGUCAGGUGCAGAUCAGAAAAUGGCAUCAUUACUUUGGAAUUCACACGUCCCUUUAAGCCAUCAUGCAGUCAUAAUAAUAGGCCAGAGUGCAAAAACAUUCUUGAUCCAACAACUCCUCUUAGAGUAAUAUGGGCAAUGGGUGCUAAGUGGACUGAUGAACACCUUAGUGAGAGAAAUAUGCAUUCUGUCACGAGUCAAAGGCCCGUACGGGUGCUGCUUAUGCGAGGUUCAUCUGAGGCGGAGCAAGAUUUACGCCCGGUCCUAGCUGUACAUGGGUUUAUGAUGUUCCUUGCUUGGGGUAUUUUGCUUCCUGGUGGAAUAUUGGCUGCUAGGUACCUAAAGCAUGUAAAGGGUGAUGGAUGGUACCAAAUUCACGUUUACCUACAGUAUUCAGGAUUAGCAAUUGUCCUACUUGCCCUUCUUUUUGCAGUAGCUGAACUUCGGGGUUUCUUUGUCAGCUCAUUACAUGUUAAGUUUGGCAUUGCUGCUAUAUUUUUUGCCUCUGUGCAACCAGUGAAUGCGUACCUCAGGCCUAAGAAACCUGCUACUGGGGAGGAGGCUUCCUCGGAGAGGCUUCUUUGGGAGUAUUUCCAUGUAAUUGUUGGCAGAGGUACCAUUGUUGUAGGAAUCGCGGCACUUUUCACUGGAAUGAAGCAUUUAGGAGAAAGAUAUGGAGGAGAAAAUGUUCACGGACUUAGCUGGGCAUUAACAAUGUGGUUCUUAAUUGGUGCAUUGAUGGUCAUUUAUUUGGAGUAUCGUGAAAGACAGCGGAGAAGGAACAGAUUAUUAGGAAGGGGCAACUGGGUUCUGGGUAAUGUUGAAGAAGAGGAUUCUGUUGACCUUUUAAGCCCAAACCGGGCUUCUGCACAAAAUGGUUUGCAGAAUUCUGGACUAAUGGAAGUUCAGUUAGAGCCAUUGAACAGAUAGAUUUAUUGAUACAUAUAAAUAUUUUCUGUUUGGAUAUAAGAGCUCCAUUCUUCACCAGUUUUGAAAGUUUUCUACCAACAUGGAGGUUAGCAGAGCUGUUUAUUUUCUUGGAUGCCUUUCCCCAGUGUUAGGAGGGCUUUACACUGGGAAUUUUUUCUGCCUCCGACCAUUUCCUGUGAAGAGUAAUUUGUCUACAGCAUGUAUUUGUACACUUGAUACACCUUUUAGCAUAGUGGAAGGUUAUAUCAAUUUAUCAAUCUCAUUUCUCUUGAAUGAAAUAGACCUUACUUUUCUCAGAUGAGAUCAGCCAUUAGAUUGUCAAAUUUUCUUUUGUCUUGAAGUCACCGUACUCACAAAUGAUUCAUGGAUACUCUAACAUACAAUCAAGUUUCUUUUUCUCUUUCUUUCAGAACAUUUUGCUUUUGGUGGCAAAAUAAUAGUCAACCAAUAAUAGUUCACGAUGCAUGUGUUAUUUCUGUUACCAGUGACGACCUUUCUGUUAUCUUGUGUCCCAGUAAUAAUAUGUUAUAGCGUGUGAAACUAGCUUAGCUACUGAAGCCUUUUUCUAUGUCAAAGUGAGUGCACGUUCACCAUUUCUUUUGUUAGGAAAAAAAUUACAUCUGUUUUUUCCCUCAAGAAGUGGCUCUAUAAUUGGAAAUUUGAAAUGAUUGCAAUAAAUUAAAUACCUAUAAUAUUGUUUGUUGCUGAGAAAAAGAAGGCAUUUCAAAGUAAUAUAUGUCUAUAUCAAAUUUAUAGGUAAAAUCUAAUUGUUAGCAGAAAUUCAGAGGAGUUAAAGAUACCCUGAUAAGUAAGUGAAGAUACCUUAAUUUAUCUUGGCUGAUGCAUGUAGUUUUGUUGAAAUCAUAUGUGAUAUUCCAUUGCUUCGGCUUAUGACAUGUUGUGGUAUGGAGGAUGUUAUAUGCAACUAUAUAAUUCUUGCUUUAUGUUGCUUUUGUUAUUUUUCUUCACUUCUACUGUCAAAAAUCUUGAAGCUAACAGCUUAUAUGCCAUUGUGACUGUUGGGAUUAUAUUUUUACUUUGUUUGACUUCAUAAGCUGUCUUCUUCAACUUGUAAACAGCCUAGUGUUUGCUUUACCCAUAUACACUUGCUUGGUACUCAUCUAGAAAUUACAAAGGCCUAUUGCAGCAAAGACCUAAAGGCAGAACUGGGACUUGGGUUGAUUUUUGAAAACAAUAAAAAUGUUCAAUGGAAAUGGAAAGAAUUGAGACUCAGCCUUUUUCUGGUUCUAAGGUAUGACCAACUUUCUAUGCCAGUUUUGUUUAUGUUGAACUGAUAAGGUUUUUUUUCCUAAUUAACAACAGUAAUAAAUUAGCUGCAAAGUUUAAUUGAAUUAAGAACUGAGAAGUUAUCCAGUCAAUUGCCGAAAAGCAUUUGUAUGUAGCUGCUGCAUUUGGCAUAGUUCUAGGGUUUAAAAUCUCAACAUUUGUAUAUAUCUACUGCAUUUAACAUAGUUCUAUGAUUUAAAAAAUCUCACCAGGUGAUGCAGCCAGGUCAUACUGUCAUUAUGUUUUUGCCAAUGAUAUAAACUUGAUGCAUGUGAUCUCAGAUUUAAACUUAUUUCUUUGCUUCAGAGGCUUA